AUGGUUGAUAUUCUCAGAGCAUCUUCUUUGUUGCUUGACUGUGAAGAAGAUCAUGUAAUGAAAGUGCAUGACCUCAUCAGAGACACUGCAAGAACUUUGGCUGUCAGAGACCCAAAGUACGCUUUCUUAUUCUUAAGAUGUGGCUCGCGGUUGCCUGAUGAUGCUGAUUAUGGUACUCGGAAACUAUUGCAUUUACAUCAGGAGAAGAAUGAGAUUCAAUAUCCUAAUGAUCUGGUGUGCCCAGAUCUGCAUAGCCUGUGGCUACUAUGCAAUAAACAGGCACAACUGUUCUCAGGUGGCUUUUUCAAUAUGUUUAACAAUCUCAGAUUUUUAUUAAUCGAAGGUAUGGUUUCUUCUUUCGAGCUGCAAUUCUCUCUUCAACCAUUGGCUCAACUUAGGACGCUUAUUCUAGAUGAUUGUGACAUUACUCACAUUAAUCAGGCAAAAAAUAAUUGUUUCCCCGAAAAACUAGAAACUCUUUGCUUCUGGAAUUGUGAUCUCCCAGUGCCUCUAAAUUUACCAAACCUGAAAUAUCUCCGAAAGCUGGAAAUAGAGCAGUGGAGAGGUGGAGUGCAGAUGGUUCCAAAUACCAUUUCUAGUUUAUCAAGUCUUGAGGAAUUGCAUAUACCAAAUGCAUUCGAGAUUCGGGGUGAUAUAUCUGCUGUUCCCGAGCCCACAUUGGCCGAGAUCACUAAAUUGACCAGUCUGAAAAGUUUGCGGCUCUUCUUCAGGGUUCCUGAAUCUUUUCAAGACACAAAGGUAUUUCAAAAUUUACUUGAAUUUAAUAUAUGUGUCCCAAGGCCAAGUAAAGAUGUUUGUUAUCUUUUAAAUACCGGUGUUUCUGUCAAGAGAUCUCUUGAGUUAAAUGGCAAUCAGUUAGAAGCCUUGGUAAUUCUGGUAGAGAGGGCUGAACAAAUUCUCUUGCGGUGCACUGAUAUUAAUGUGAGUAGCAUUUGGCAUCGAAACAGAGAAGCAUUUGCAGACUUGAGAUACCUGUACAUUCACUACUGUGAGAUUGAGUUUCUAGCACGGAUGUCAGAGGAUAUGAUUCGAAGGAUGUCAGAGGAUAUGAUUCGGCCUAGUCUUCAACCAUCGAUAUCUUUCUCUAAACUAAGCAUUUUACAAAUUAGAGGCUGCUCUGCAAUGAAAUACCUCUUCUGCAGCAGAGUUGCGAAAUGUCUUAUGCAACUUCAACAGCUCUGCAUAGAUGACUGUCCCCUUUUGGAAGCAAUAGUCACGAAUGAAGGCACGAGUGACGGAUACAGCAUCAACUUGUUCAAAUUAAAAUCAUUAAAGCUAACAAAGUUGCUAAGACUCAAAAGCUUUUACAGGGAAGAGAAAGAUAUGGACGAUUCUGUCAUUUCGUCUGUACAAUUUCAGCCUCUCUUUGAUGAUACGGUUGCGUUCCCUUGGUUGGAAGAACUUCAUAUUGUGGAUUCGAGUCAUAUAAGUGAUAUUUGGGGGAAACAAAAUUAUGAAGACAAUUUAUCCUCCUUUUGCAGACUCAAAAGCAUUAAUUUAUGGGAGUGUAAUAAACUUGAAAGUGUGAUUCCACAUGCCAUGAUGCAGAGGCUGCAGAAUCUGGUAUGCCUAGACGUAUCAUUCUGUAGAUCUUUGGUAUCUGAAAUUGGUACCAAUGGCUGCAAUGUUGAUGCAAGUCCACUGGUAGCACUACGUCGUAUGCAUCUCCGCGGCUUGCCUUGUUUGACAAAGACAGGGUUGAACUCUACGGAGCAUUCUGGAGCCAUGACUCUGUAUCCUAAUCUCCAAGAUUUAAAUAUAUGGAAUUGCAAUAGCUUGAGAAACGUGUUCUCUCCUCGUAUAGCUAGAGAUCUUACGCGACUUGAGAAAAUGUGUGUAGAACACUGCAAGGCGAUGGGAGAGAUUAUUGGACAGCGUGAACAAGGGGACAUCACGGAUAUGAUCCUGUUCCCUAAGCUGUCGAUUUUGAAGCUCGACUCUUUGCCAACUUUAAGCAGCAUUGGGUGUUACAAGGUUGAAUUCGCGAACUUGGUGGAUUUGGAACUCAGAGGUGUUAAAUUUAACUUUGAAGAAAUGGAAUUUGGCAGAGAUGAUUCCACUAGCGGACUCAUACGUUUGCAUGUAAGUUGUGAUAACAACAUUCAACUCCCAAGUAAAUGGAAAUGUAGAUUACAUAAUCUGGAAACAAUGGUAUUAAAUCACUGUUGGUGGCAUGAACUGAACUCUCUGCAAUUCCAGAGAUUAAAAGUGCUCAGUGUUAGUAACUAUGGAGGCGCUACCCUUUUCUCCUUCUCAAUUUUCAAAAGUCUACAACUCCGCAAAUUAGUAGUAUCAAAUUGUGCUUUACUGGAAGAUAUUGUGGAGGAUGCAAGGGGGUGAUGAACCUUCUAGCGCGCAGAAGAUAACUAUUACACUCUACAAGCUUGAAUCAGUGAUUCUUCAAGAUUUACCAAAGCUCAGAACUUUUAUCCACACUGCAAAUUAUGAUUUUCAUGUGCCGGCCUUAAAGAAGGUGAAAGUUAGUAACUGCGGACUCACUACUCUUUUCACCUGCUCUGUCUUUGCUAAACUCCAACAACUCAAGAGAUUAAAGGUAUGGAAAUGCCGAUUGUUGGAAGACAUUGUUGAGGAUGCAAGAGGUGAUGAAACUCAUGUCACAUGUGACAAGAUUAUCACCCUGUCGCGACUCUCUUCAGUUAUGCUUCGUGAUUUGCCAAACCUCAAAAGUUUCAGUCGCUCUGUAAGGUAUGGUUUUAAUAUGCCAGUAUUAGAUGAGCUUUAUCUGCAGAAGUGUCCGCGGGUGGAGAUGUUUACUUCCUUGGAAACCAGCACAGGACUGGUAUCAGUAUAUAGUGAAUGGCACAAGGGGGAAAAAGUUGCAGACCUGAACAACUACAUAACACAAAAUCGCGAAAGAGGAAGUGAUUUCAACAAUAGUGCUGGAGAGCCUAAUUCAAGAACACGAAACAGAAGCAGAGAGAGUUGAAGUCAAGCAGCCUCGUGAUUGUAAAGUUAAAGAGGAAGAUGAGUUGUAGAUAGCAGCCUGGGGAAUAGAAAGUUCAAAGGAGCAGCAUUAGCCCUCAGCUUCAUGUGCAUAUAUUAUUUCAACAAACCAUUUUUUUUUUUUCAAGUGUUUCUGGGCCUGUUAAUAAAAGUCACAACAUGCCCUCUUUCCUGGAAAAGGGCUGUGUUUUUCAA